AGUUCAAUGUCUACAUUUUAUGAGAGAUGCUCCAAAAUAAAUCGUGGUCAUAGCUCAUAGCUUUUUUCAGGCUUCUCUCUGAUAAUUGAGCGCGCUUAUAAAUCAUUUAUUGUCAUCUACGAGUAAUUUGAUAUUUAUAAAUAUUUAUCAAAUGCUACACAUACUCACAGUGUGGUGAGCAGGUGACGUAUAUGUAUUGCAUUUCAUAUAAUAUUACAUUAUGUUGGAAAAAUCGUCCAGUACGGAUAAUCAGUUAUCCAAAGAAGAUUAUUUAAUAAUGAAAGCUAAAAAGGCACUGCCGGUCGACAUUUAUGCGGCUAAAUCCUGGCUGAUUACCGCGAAAUCACUAUUUCCACAUAGUGCGAAAGUUCAGUUCGAGGCAUAUCGUAUUGAGAAAUUGUCAAAGAAUGUAAAGGAAGCAGCGAAAUGCUUCAGCGAAAUAUUCCAAAAUUUUCCGGACGAUCGCGAAAUAUGGAAAGAAAUAGAGACCGUAACAAUGUGUCUUCGUUUGGAGCAGUGCGAUAACGAGUCUGAAUUUUUAUGCCAAAUGUUUCAACAUAUCCCACAGGACUUACAACACAGGCUACUUGUAAUGACAGCGGAUCAUAGCGAAGAUACAAUGGAACAUUGUAAAUUGUUACUAUUACUGCUACGCAAGUUUCCUCAAACCAUAGCAACUCAUGGGUCGCGUUUGGUGGAAACUUUAUUAACUGCAGAGAAACACAGUCAUCCAGGCCGAGCUGUGAAUGGUUUUAGAAGAUUAUUGGCAUGCGAAGCAUUGCCACUACUUGGUGGUGCUGUAGUGGAAUUGAAUCCUCGUCUUAGUUUACGAUUGUUAUGUAAGGCCGUAGAAUUUUACUUGGCAUACAUACAGCAGCCACAAGAUACACAAAUUCAAAAUCCAUGGGACAGACUUUAUCAAAUUGUGGAGCUAAUAGGCAAGAAAUUGGGAUGGGAGUUGAGCAGUCUAUUUGCUAUACCCUGGAGUCGUGAAAUAUACAGUGAUAGAUUGCAGCAAUAUGCAAUUGCUCAUAGCACUAGUCUGAAUGACGAGCCGAUUGUCAGGCAAUUACUAAUGUGUACAAUCGUAGUAGUAUUGAGAAUAUUAAAUGAGCAUAAUACUCUCAUUGCCAAUGAAGAAACAAUGUACUGUCUCGUAGAAGCUUUUGCGGAAGGAGUAUAUUCUUCUACAGAACCUAAAUUGAAAAAGCGAAAGCGAGAUGAUGCCGCCAUAAUAGUAACUAGUGACAGUGAUUACAAUGGCAGUGGCCUAGCAUUAGCAGUAAAGUUAUGGGACUUACUACACAGUAGUGACUAUCUUCAAAGAGAAAUAUCCAAACUAAUUCAACAAUUGCGGCUAGAUAAUUGGCUGAAUCAGUUUUUUACAGAUUCAGCAAUGUAUAAAGGUUUAUAUCGUGAAGUGUUGGGCAGAUUAGCAGAAGGUAGUACUUUAUCUGCUAAUCUUCGUUUGGCCAGCACUUGUUUCUUUUUGAAAGACUAUAAGGGUAUGAUGGAAUAUAUUGUUUUAGUAACAAACUUAUUGCCUUCAGCAUCGGGCAAAAUAUCUCACAAUUUGACAGUUCCAAGUACAAGACAUUUACAUUAUUUGGCUCUCGCUCGUUUCCCUAUUUUACAAUACUGUUGCAGAUUGCUUCUUUUAGCUAUAAAGGACAAUUUUUCUUUACCUGGAAAUAUUGGGGAUUUGGCCAUUGGACAUGCAUUGGUCCUCGUGCAGAUAGAUUGGCCACAAGAAGCUAGCACUUUAACUAUGAUAACACAACAAAUUGUUAAUCGUGGAAGUUUCACUUAUCCAUUAUUUCAACCGUACAUAAUAUGUGUAGAUAUUUUAGAAGAAUUAACAUAUCUAUGGACUGAACAUGGCGGAGGAGUAUCACUGGACAUAACUACAAGCGCGGGAAUUAUACAAAAUCGUCGCGUCACCACACGCGGUGCUGAUAAGGGAGUACGCGAGGAAUUGAAGCAAGCUAUGCGUCGACAAGCCGCACGGGACGGCAUUGAUCCUUUAGAUGAACUGUUACAGAAAUUUAUUAUCAAUGAACAAGGCGCCAUUCUGCAUAGCUUAAUCAAAUGAAUUAAUUUUGAGUUUCGUUAUUUAUAGUUAUAACUUGUAUACAAUAUUUUUAUAUUGAAUCUUUGGAAACAAUUUUCAACAUUUAGCACCAUUACGAUCUGUUCCUAAGUUUUAUAAUAAUAAUUACGUCACAUUAACAAUAUGUUUUAUAAAUUAUAAAGAUUUUAUAAAAUAUAAUAUACAAAUUUAUAUAAUUAAAGUUAUAUUUUCGUUUA